AUGACGCUGACGGGCAGCCCGGACGUCCAUCCGCACGCAAUGCCCUCCUGGGGGGGCGCAGACUCGAUCGCCGAGGGCCUCAAUGCGCUUGAGACGUACAGGAAGAAGGAUCCUUCCAAAGUUGUCGUGCGCUUCAAGGCGGUCGGCAAUGCACCAAUCAUGAAGCAGAAUUUCUUCAAAGUGACAGUUUCGAAUCGUUUCCAAGCAGUCAUUCAAUUUCUGCGCAAGGAGCUGGGGUGGAAGGCCGGGGAACCGUUGUUCACGUAUAUCAACUUAGCAUUCUCUCCCGCCCCUGACGAUUCUGUCGCCAACCUAUACCGGUCGUUUGCUACCGACGGCCACCUCAUUGUAAACUAUAGGUUCGUCUUGAAUGUCACCCUUUUGCAUCGUGCUGGAAUGCUGAUCUCUGGCAAUGGCAGUACGACAGCUGCCUGGGGUUAA